AUGCUCUUCCCCAUGUACACCGUGACCGCGGACGUGCUGCUAAGCAUGACGAAGGUGGAGCCGCACGAGAAGUUGAAGGCGUGGGGCAAGCUCGUGGACUUCGAUGUUGGCUUGGGGAAGGCGGCUUUCGUUUCGCACCAGUGGCUUACACAACGGCACCCAGAUCCCGACUUUAAGCAGAUGCGCACUCUGCAGGAAGCAGUAACGCGGAUGCUGAGCAGCUCUGGGUCCGUUUCCUUGGAUCCCGUUACAGAAGCCGUGGUGCAAACGGCCAAGCCCCUUCCCAUGAAAGAAUUUCAGACGCAUGCAAUGUUCUUCUGGUACGACUAUUUCUCGUGCCCGCAGCUACGGCAUCCGACGCGGGUUUCCGGUGAAACAGACAAUCUUCAUCAAGCAAAGGCCAUUAACAGCAUCCCAGCGUAUGUGGCCAGGUGCGAAGUUUUCAUUGCACUUUGCCCGGUUCUCGACUGCCCCUUGGAGAGAAGAGUGCUAACGCCAGCGACCUGGAGCAGCAGGGGGUGGUGUCGCCUAGAACGAGCGGCACGCGAACUGUCGCCAAACAGCACUUGGGUUCUCAUUCGCAGCGAAACCUCCAUUGAAGCUCUCGGCACAGUACUGUCCUUUCCGAGGGGCCCUGUUGGGGAAGGCGAUUUCGGUAAAGCAGAGGAUCGCUCGAAGCUGGCCCCGGUGUUGCGGCGCAUCCUUACGCAGAAGCUGAACCACUGCCUGCGAGAGGGCGACCUGCCGGGAUUCCGACGCCACUUUAAUCUCCAGACAGUUUACCUGCGAGGGCUUCAGAUUGAGCCAGUGACCGUGUUGCCCAGCUGCGAGGGUGAUGUGGUGGUGGAGUUCCUGCACCAAAACGGCUUGAAGAGAGUCGGCAAGGGCGACAGCGCAGGAUGGUGGCCCCUGCACUAUGCAACUCUGUCCGGCAACAUACAG